CGGUUUCCCGCUUCUUAAUAUAUUGUUCAUUCAUUAUCUCUCGGAGACUUUUAAUAAUGGCUAGCUCACAGGGUGUUAACGUUCUCCGCUACUCGGCUCUCGUUGCCGGUCUCGUUUACGGAGUCUACCACCAGUCGUCUAUCAGCUCUGCGGCCAAGCGCGCAGACAUUGACCAUGAAUACACACGCAAGGAGCGCCUGAUCGAGCAGGCUAAGGCCGAGUGGAAGAAGCGCAGCCAGCCCCAGGAGAUCAACACACAAGCCUCUGGCUUGAUCACCGAUCCCGAGAACCCCAAAUUCGACCUCGAGGCAUUCUUGCAGGCCAAGGCCACGGAGUCCUCCUAA